GCAGGAAGCGGCAGGAGCGGCGCCCGGAGCUGCUGGGCCGGGCAGAGCCGGCCCGGCCUCUGUAAACGGCCGGGGGCUGCACCGGGACCCCUAGGCAGCGACGCGUCCCCGAGUGCUCCGCUGAACGCAGGAGGUCGAGACGCUACAGGGGGAGACAGAGACGGUGCCAUGGCUUCGCGGCUCCUGCACCGGCUGCGGCACGCUCUGGCCGGCGAGGGCCUCGGGGAGGCGGCGGCCGGUCCCGAGGUCGAGCAGUUCCCGGAGAGCUCGGAGCUGGAGGACGACGACGCCGAGGGCCUGUCCUCCCGUCUCAGCGGCACCCUUAGCUUCACCAGCGCCGAGGAUGCGGACGACGAGGACGAGGACGACGACGAGGACGACGGCCCGGACCCACUGCCCCGUGGGGACGAGGCGUCGGGAGAAGACACAGAACAGAACCCCCCACCUGAUGGGCAGCGGGGUAGUCAGCACCUGGCACGGCAAUUGCAGGAUUUCUGGAAGAAGUCCCGGAACACCCUGGUACCCCAGCGGCUGCUCUUCGAAGUGACCAGCGCCAAUGUGGUCAAGGACCCCCCCUCCAAGUACGUGCUCUACACCCUCGCCGUGAUGGGUCCAGGGCCACCAGAUCGCCAACCAGCCCAGAUCUCUCGCCGCUACUCGGACUUUGAGCGGUUGCACCGAAACCUGCAGCGGCAGUUCCGGGGCCCCAUGGCUGCCAUCUCCUUCCCCCGUAAGCGGCUGCGCCGGAAUUUCACUGCAGAGACCAUUGCCCGCCGCAGCCGGGCCUUUGAGCAGUUUUUGAGCCACCUGCAGGCAGUCCCAGAGCUGCGCCAUGCCCCAGACCUGCAGGACUUCUUCGUGCUGCCCGAGUUGCGGCGGGCACAGAGCCUCACCUGCACUGGCCUCUAUCGUGAGGCUCUGGUGCUUUGGGCCAAUGCCUGGCAGCUGCAGGCCCAGCUGGGCACCCCUUCGGGCCCAGAUCGCCCUCUGCUGACUCUGGCUGGGCUGGCUGUCUGCCACCAGGAGCUGGAGGACCCUGGGGAGGCCCGGGCAUGCUGUGAGAGGGCCCUACAGCUGCUGGGCGACAAGAGCCCUCACCCCUUGUUGGCACCCUUUCUGGAGGCCCACGUCCGGCUCUCCUGGCGCCUAGGACUGGACAAACGCCAAUCAGAGGCCCGACUCCAGGCCCUGCAAGAGGCAGGUGUGACCCCCACGCCACCCCCCAGUCUCAAAGAAUUGCUCAUCAAGGAGGUACUGGACUAACCUUGCCUAGACUUAAGGCCACCGUGGGGGGAUGCGCUAUCCCAGGAUGGCCAGGGGGUGGGCUUGGGUGCUGACGAGGACCCGGACAGCAGUUGGGAAGCUGUAGGGGGUGCUGGGAAUCCCUAGAAGUUCUCCAAAGAAUUUGUAGCAGACGCAGGAAACAUGGUUCUCCUGUUGAGCCAGGCUCAGGACCAGCCUUGGCUGGGGAUGUCUGGUACAGUGCAGGGAGGGAGUCUGAUACAGCCUCUUCAGCUUAUGAACAGCUGGGGGCUCUGCUCCAGGUCGAGGUCAGUGUUCCCUUUCCCUUGGGCCUCCAAGCCAGCGAGGCAGCCUGGCCGAAGGGCCAGGGGCUCUGACUCUGGUUGAUGGCUGGAGGGAGGGCUGCAGUUCUGGCCCAGGAGAAUUAAAGGCCAGCAGCUCCAGUGGCAUCAGUCUCUUUAUUGGAUGUGAGGGACAGAGGCCCAGCCCUCACUGUGACUCCUGCCUCGGGAGUAGAGGGAAAAGGGAGAUCCAUGAAGCCCCAGGCCAAGCUGGUACCUCUGGCUACAGCUUGCUCUCUGAGACCCGGGGCUUCACUCGGAUCACGCCCUCCUGGGAACAGGACACAGCCAGGACCCCGUCCCGACGCCACAGCUGCCCAUGUACCAGCGCCCGGGAGCCACCUGUGGGUAAGGAAAAGGGUAAGAACGGCCUCCUCUCUCCUUUGGCACAGCCAGAUGUGCUUCUUGAAAAGGGUGCAAUCCAGGUUGGGUUGCCACGUCCAGGGGCACACUGAGUGUUGUGGUCACCCCCAAUCUCCAAGUGCCUCUGUGUGAGCCUAGUAUGGUCAGUCGUUGGGGAGUAACUCCUCCCACGGGCUCCCCACUUGACCGUUUAAAAGCACUUUCACAUAUCCUCUGGCUUCCUCAAAAAGAUCAGAGGUUCUGAGAACAACCUUGGUCAGUAGCUUGGCUAAGCAGAACUGCCCCACCUCCGGCCACUUGGUGAGGAAACCCAUCAGUUCUCUUUAUACUAAAUCAAACCAGUCCCUCCAGGCUGGUAUUCCAUGAAAAAACACC